UGAAGCUUCAUUCAGCUUCAUUUGCUUUGAAUAAAAGAAAAAAAAUACCCAAGAGCAGCCAUGGUUGUCUGGACUCCAGAAGAACUCAAGACCAUCACCGGCAUCUUCUCCAGCCUGGACUAUGAGGACAUCGGCCCCAAGGCUCUGUGCAGGUGUCUGAUCGUUUACCCCUGGACUCAGAGGUAUUUCGGUGGCUUCGGUAACCUCUACAAUGCUGCCGCCAUCAAGAGCAACCCCAACAUCGCAGCUCACGGAGUCAAGGUGCUCCAUGGUCUGGACCGCGCUGUGAAGAACAUGGACAACAUCAAGGGAACCUACGCUGAGCUGAGCACCCUGCACUCUGAGAAGCUGCACGUCGACCCCGACAACUUUAAUCUGCUGGCCGACUGUCUGACCAUCGUCAUCGCUAGCAAAAUGGGAGAAGACUUUACCCCAGAGACCCAGGCCACCUUCCAGAAGUUCCUGGCUGUGGUGGUGAAUGCUCUGGGAAAACAGUACUACUAAACGUACUGAAGCCUCCAACACCUGGAGAAGAUCCUCAACAUCUGACUCAGUGAUGUGUCGCUCAUCUCUUCCAUGGACAAAAUAAAAAAAAAAAAAAAAAAAAUGUAUACUAUUUUUAUUGAGUUUGGUUCUUCUGGGUCAGAACAGAAAUACUAACUAACUAUAGAACUACUCAGCUAACCCACUACAAGCUAGGAAACUAGCUAGCUAGGUAGCUUGAUAACAGACUUAUUAUUUUAAAAAUAUAAACAGCAGAAACACAUUUAUGCACAAAAAAAUUUGUUCAGGUUUUUGAAUUUUUUUAAAACUUUAAUACAUUUUAUUUUACAUUUGAACUUUUUAAAUGGGUUUCUGCGGUUUAUAUUUUUAAAUAGUAAGUAGUUUAUCAAGCUAGAUAGUUUGCCAGCUUGUAGUUGGUUAGCUAGUUAGUUUUUUAAUUAGUUAGUUAGUUAUUAAGUAUUUCUGUGUAAUAUCUUCCCACAUUGGAUUUUAAUAUUCCCUUUCUUCUUUCUUUUUUUACAAGAAAGGUUAAUCUUUCAAUAAUUAUUUCAUAAUACCUGCAGUACAUGAGCGCACAACAUUAACAUUAAAUGCUAUAGUUUUACAGUGUGUCUUUAUAAAGGGUUUUAUUGCCCUGGUAACAACUUUUAACAAAAACGUUUGAGUCUUAAUGUAUUAAUGUGACUAAAAACAAAAAUAAAAACAUUUCAUUUUUUAUACAAAAUUA